AUGCAAUUCCUUAUUUUCUUUACUGUGUUCUUUUCGCUGAGCUUAAAUGCUCUUUCGAUGCCAGUGGCACCGAACAAGCACCUUCAAGGCCGGUCCUUCAAGGUGCAGCGUGCUAAGCGCAACGAUAAUAUCGUUCACGGUCCCGUGGCCCUGCGCAAAGCAUACCGCAAGUUUGGCAUUGAUGUGUCAACUCUUGAUGUCGUUGAAGUUAGUGACUUCAAGCCUUUUGACACUAAGGUUACCUCUGGUAAAAGCGCCAAGCAGGAUGCGGCGGAAUCCGAUCAGACGGGCUCCGUGUCGGCCACUUCUGUUGCUGGGGAUGUGGAAUUUGUUUCGCCAAUUACUCUUGGUGGCCAGACUAUGAACGUGGAUUUUGAUACUGGAUCUGCCGAUCUAUGGGUAUUUAACUCUCGACUUCCUGAAUCCCAGCGAAAAGACCGAAAAGUUGUCUAUAACCCGAGCAAAUCUAGCACUUUCAAAGAUUUGACGGACAGCACAUUCAAGAUCACAUAUGGCGACAAUUCCGGUGCCAGCGGAGAUGUAGGCUCAGACACUCUCUCAAUUGGCGGUGUUGAAGUUAAAGAACAGGCAUUUGGUCUCCCAACAGAUGUCACGGGCUCAUUCGUCUCCGACGUCGACUCCAAUGGUCUCCUUGGCCUUGGUUUCAAGUCACUCAACACCAUCAAACCAGUGGCACAGAACACCUUCUUCGACAACGUGGUCUCCCACCUUGACGAGCCUGUUUUCAGCGUCCGAUUGCUCUCUGACGGUGUUGGAGAGUAUGAAUUUGGAACCAUCGAUCAUUCAAAGUAUCAGGGUGUUCUGGCCAAUGUCAGUAUCGAUUCAUCCAAAGGUUUCUGGCAAUUCAACUCGGCACAGUACUCCAUUGGAGGAGGAGACUUCACCCCGGUCACCGAUGUGACCGAGACCAUUGCCGACACAGGUACCUCGCUUAUGCUCGUGAGCCCUGAUGUUGCGAAGGCGUAUUACAAUAAAGUUGACAGAGCCAUCUAUGCUAGCAAUGCUGGUGGGUAUAUUUACCCCUGUACUGCGAAGUUGCCCGAUCUGGCUGUUGCCAUCGGAACUGCUUACUCAGCCACCGUGCCUGGGUCACUGAUCAACUUCGCCGAGGUUGGAACUAAUACUACUACUGGUGAAACUGUGUGCUUCGGCGGUGUUCAGUCAAAUGCAGGCUCAAGUCUAGCUAUCUACGGUGAUGUGUUCUUGAAGGCCCUGUUUGUGGUCUUCGAUUACCGAGGGCCUUCCAUGGGAUUCGCAUCACCUGCGUGA